GCUUUGUGAAGAACAACGUUCGCCAUUUCAAGCGUGUCCCACAUACGGUUCAGAGAGACCCUGUGCGCACGGAGUUUAAGGUUUUGUAUUGACGAUGAGCACGCCAUCAGUUCAAAAUCUGGAGGAAGCUGCAAACAUUGCGUCCGAGUACAUUGCCAGCCUAGAUAACGUCCCAAGUGAGGUACAGUUUCUUCUACAGGAAAUCCGUACGAAAGACCAGCGCUGUCAAGAGAUCCACCAAGAGGUCACCAAAGAGGCGAACAGAUACAUACGCCACUCUCUGAAAGCAGAGACCGAUGCCGCUAAAGACAAGCCUUUUCCGCCGUCGCCCAUUGAACACAUUCAUGAGGCUCGGCAAACCCUUGCCGCCCUUUCAGAGGAGAAGAUUGCGCUUGCUCAACGUGUAAUCGAGCUACUCAAUCGCAAGCGCGGUCGUCUCGAUCAUGAUUUACGACGGGUGCUCCUGCUCCAAGGUGAUACUGAAGCGGCUGCUGUCGUCGCCGCUGGUGUCCCACUCAGCUUGAGCAGCGCGGGUACAGGAUAUGCACUCGGUGGGCGGAACCCUGCUCAGCAGAUCACAGAAAGUCUGCGGAACGCGUACGGCACUACCGCUGUGAGCGCCGGUAACAGCAUAUCCGCCUCUCAGUCACGAGUCCCUGUAGCAGAAGAAGGCCUUUACAAGAAGCGCAAGCUCAACAGCACACAAGCCUCGAUCAGACUUUCACCAGCUCCUAGCUCCGCCUACGCACCUGGUCGCAGCAGAGGCCGCAAGAAAGCAGAGUCAGAAGACCUUGACCUAGAUUUCGAAGAGGAACCCCAAGGUACCGAGGAACUUGAAGGGGAGGAGAUGGAGGCAGAAGACGGAGAUGACGGACCUUAUUGCUUCUGCCAGAGCGGCAGUUACGGAGAGAUGAUCGGAUGUGACAAUGAGGGUUGUCCUUACCAAUGGUUUCAUCUUCCUUGUGUCAAUCUUACCAAACCCCUUCCCGAGCGCUGGUUCUGCGACGAAUGUAUCAAGAAAGGUUUUAAACCUACUAGCUCAGGACGCAAAGCUCGGAAGAAGUAGUUCUAUGCAGGAUGGCAGGAUGGUAAGCUGUGGCCAUCACUUGUGAGGAUCCUGCAAGUCUUCUUUCAGUAGGACCGUUCUCGACUUCUUUUCUCUCUUCUUCAAGCCUCUAUGGCCCAGUAACAAAUCAUACCUGAUGUUAUGAGACUGUUCUCAUCGAUGCUUAACUUGACCUACGUCUUUCUCUACUGUAAUGACACGGACUCCGCUGACGCCCGUAGUGUACUCUUAUAAUGGCCCAUAUGAUGUGUUUCGACAGUCUAUAAUUGAAGGCUACCGUUUCCGCAGUAUCAAUGUAACUCCA